AUGGAAUAUCUCGAAGAUAGGCAGUCUUCCGCCGAUGAAGAUAUAACAAAUUGCGUUGAAGAUCAAGAUAUUGAUCAAUCCAAUCAAAAUAUUACGUCAAUCGAAGAACAACGGGAUUUACAAGCGGCCUUUCUAUCUGAUGACGUACCUUUUGGAAAUUCAUCGAUCGAUAAUGUUGGAAAUGGAUACGCACAGUUUGCCACUCUUAAUGUGACAUCAUCGUUAAAUGAUCUUCACAUAAUACAACAUGUGGAAACUGGUGAGUUUAAAAUAAAGAAUCUUUCAUAA